AUGUCUGUCGAGGACGCUGUCAUGUCCGACGCGACCAACAAGGUCGACAAAGGCAAGGGAAAAGCGGGCGAGCUCGGGCUGGCGGAUCUGAUCGUGUCUGACGCAUUGCCAUGGGUCGAGAAGUACCGACCUGCGACCCUCGACGACGUCGUGGCGCACAAGGACAUCAUCUCGACGAUCGACCAGUUCAUCGCCAAGAACCGCGUCCCCCAUCUGCUCUUCUACGGCCCGCCCGGUACCGGCAAGACCUCGACGAUUCUCGCCGUCGCGCGCAAGAUUUACGGGUCGGGCGCAGCGCUGAGGAAUAACUGCCUCGAACUCAAUGCCUCCGAUGACCGCGGUAUCGAUGUGGUGCGCGAGCAGAUCAAAACGUUUGCGAGUACCAAGAUGCAGGGAGGCGGGAGCGCCGGCUUCAAGCUCAUCAUCCUCGACGAGGCCGACAUGAUGACCUCGCAAGCGCAGUCAGCUCUCCGUCGCGUCAUCGAGCAGUACACGAAGAACGUCCGCUUCUGUAUCAUCUGCAACUACGUCAACAAGAUCAUCCCUGCCAUUCAGUCUCGCUGCACCCGCUUCCGCUUCGCGCCGCUCCCUCAGGUCGAGGUCCAGAAGCGCCUGGACCAUGUCAUCAAGCAGGAGAACGUCAACUUGACGGAAGACGGACGACAAGCGUUGCUCAAAUUGUCGCGAGGAGACAUGCGCCGCGCUCUGAACGUCCUGCAGGCAUGUCACGCUGCCUACGACGUCACGGGCGAGAGCCAGGUGUAUCAGUGCACGGGCAAUCCUGAGCCGGCGGACGUCGAGGAGAUCAUGCGGACCAUGAUGAACGACUCGUUCGAGACGGCGUACCAGCGCAUCUCGUCGCUCAAAGCGGAGAAGGGUCUCGCCUUGCAGGACAUCAUCCAGGGCAUCUACGACUUUGCGCAGACCGUCGAGUUCUCGAGCGCGACAAGGGUCUACUUCCUCGACCAGAUUGCGCAGGUCGAGCACCGCUUGUCGACGGGUGGGAGUGAGAAGCUACAGUUGACGGCGCUGCUGGGUGCGACGAAGAACGCGGUUGAGCUCACGCCUCGGUAG